CAUUUGCAAUACGUGUAGUCCUUGCAUAGUGAUUGAAAUUAUGAUUUUGCACACCAGUGUAUAUUUUUGUCUUUUCAUUUUUCUUUAAUUUAUUCAAUCACAUGAGCGCAAAAAGAGAAAAUGAGUGUGCGUCCAAAUCUGAAUCACUUUAUCAAUGUAUGGAUGGAGAAGUUUUUAUGUCCCUUUGGCCAUUACCCACUUGUGAUAAAAUUGCAACUGUUGAAAAGGCCACCCAUGCCAAGUCAAAGAAGACUGACGAAUGCAAAACUUGUAAAAGAAGUCCAAAUUAUGAAAUGCCAAGUCAAAUACGGAACAACAUUAAAAAUCAAAAGUCCACUGCUCGAGAUAAAUGAAUAAAAGAAGAUAAUUUAUCACAAGUAGGACAUAAUUGCCUGCCCAAGAUCAAUUGAUUUUGAGCAUCCCCUGAUGUAGAAAACAGGCAAGAAGUGAUUUCCUAAUCUUCCCCGGGCACAUUUAGUUGCUUUCUUCUGAAUUCAAUGGCUCUCGUAAUUGGAACACAAGAAUCCUCCUCUUCCAAUUCCAACAGUUCUACUUCUCGAUGUAGUUAUGACGUUUUCUUGAGUUUUAGAGGCGAAGACACUCGCAAGACAUUUACGGAUCACCUCUACACAGCCUUUGUCAACGCAAGCUUUCGCACUUUCCGAGAUGACGAUGAACUUGAGAGAGGGGAAGAUAUUAAGCUAGAAUUCGUGAAAGCCAUCCAGCAAUCACGAAGUUCUGUCGUUGUGUUUUCAAAAGACUACGCGUCCUCAAGAUGGUGCCUUAAUGAGCUUGUGAUGAUCCUCAAACGCAGAAAGACCUCCAACCAUGUAGUCUUACCGGUCUUCUACGAUGUCGAUCCAUCCCAUUUGAGGAAGCAGACAGGAUGCAUUGCAAAAGCAUUUGCUAGACACCAAAAAACUCAAUCGUUUGACACGGUGAAGGGAUGGAGGGAAGCACUCGCAGAAGCUGCAGAUUUGGCAGGGAUGGUCUUACAAAAUGAAGAAGAUGGGCAUGAAUCCAAGUUUAUCAUGAAAAUUGUUAAAGUGAUUGAAGACAAACUAAGGAGGAGGCCCAUAAGUGUUGACUCCAACCUGGUUGGAAUCCAGUCUCGAGUCAAGGACAUCAACUUAUGGUUACAAGAUGGAUCAAAGGAUGUUGGUAUACUUGUAAUUCAUGGAAUGCGCGGAAUUGGAAAGACAACCAUUGCAAAAUUUGUUUACGGAUCAAAUUUUGAAAGAUUUGAAAGACACAGUUUCGUAGAGAACAUACGAGACUUUUCAGAAAAAUCGAAUGGCUUGAUUCAGAUACAAAAACAGCUUCUUCAUGAUAUUUUGAAUGGGAGGAAAGUGAAAAUUCAUAGUAUUAGUGAAGGAAUGGCUAAGAUUGAAGAUGCUAUUUGCUCUAAAAGAGUUCUUCUUGUCCUCGAUGAUGUAGAUUGCAUGGAGCAGUUAGAUGGACUGCUAAGGAUGCAAGAUCAAUUUUAUCCGGGAAGUAAAAUCAUCAUUACAACAAGUAAUGCAGGGUUGUUAAAUUCCUACCACCAUAUGGUUAAGUUUCAUAGUUGUCAAACUUUGAAUAACAGCGAAUCGUUAGAGCUCUUCAGUUUGCAUGCUUUUGGGCAAGACCAUCCCACUGAAAGCUAUAGCGAUGUUUCAAAAAGCUUUGUGCACCACUGUGGAGGACUUCCAUUAGCACUUAAAAUUUUGGGUUCUUCAAUGGCAGGAAAGAAUAUAGCAGUAUGGGAAAGUGCAAUAAGCAAACUGAAAGUUAUUCCGGACAGUCAAAUCUUGAAAAAACUCAAAAUAAGCUAUGAGUCCUUGCAAGAUAGCCAUGACCAAGAUUUAUUCCUUCAUAUUGCCUGCUUCUUUAUCGGAAUGGAGAAAGAUAUCAUCGUUAGAAUACUAGAUGCCUGUGAUUUUUUCACAGUUGUUGGAAUUCAAAAUCUCAUUGAUAGAAAUUUGGUAAGACUCGAUGGAGAUAAUAUGGUGCAGAUGCAUCACAUGAUCCGUGACAUGGCAAGAGGAAUUGUUCGUCUGGAAUCAAAGGAGCCUGGGGAACGUAGUAGAUUAUGGCAUCAUAAGGAUUCUUUUGCAGUAUUGGCAGAAAAGAAUGGAACGGAAACAAUUCAAGGUCUUGCUCUCAACAUGCAAAACCACCCAGAAUACUCUUCUACAAGAAAUUCAAAUCAGGUAGUUUUUGAAACGGGUACGUUUUCAAUGAUGCACAAAUUAAGACUUCUGCAGCUUACUUAUAUAGAACUCAAUGGAUCCUAUGAAGAAUUUCCGACAAGCUUAAGAUGGUUGUGUUGGCAUAAAUUUUUGAAGGGUUCUAUACCCUCUGAUUUUUCUUUGAAGAAUUUGGUUGUUCUGGAAAUGUGUUACAGCAGCAUGAGGCAAGUCUGGACGGGAACAAAGUUUCUCCCAUCACUAAAGAUUCUAAAUCUUAGCCAUUCCAAUGACCUCACCGAAACCCCGGACUUUUCUCUGGUCCCCAAUCUAGAAUGGCUGAUUCUUAAAGAUUGUUCAAGCUUGGUUGAUGUCCAUGAAUCCAUUGGAAACCUACAGGGACUUGUGCAUUUGAAUAUGGAAUAUUGCAAAAGUAUUAAGAAGCUUCCAGAGAAUAUUUCUAAGCUAACCUCCCUCGAAACACUUAUUAUAUCUGGUUGCUCAAGCCUCAGCGUUUUUCCCACAGACAUGAGGAAGAUGGAAUCUCUGAAAGUGUUUCAAGCUGACGGUGUUCCAAUACAUCAGUUACUCACUGCUACCGAGGAGGUCACAUUGUGGCCAAGACGAAGUGUAGAAAUUACUUGGGCUUCUUACCUACCAAGCAAUUUAGUGGACUUGAGUCUUAGAAACUGCAAUCUUGGUGACAAUGAUUUUCCCAGAGAAUUUGGAAACUUAUCCGCGUUGUGUAGCUUAAAUCUGGGGGGUAAUCCAAUUCAUAGCCUACCAGAUUGCAUUAGAGGUGUUGCGGGGCUUCGUAGACUCUCUUUUGAGUAUUGUAAAAGGCUCAAAUCGCUUGUAAGGCUACCAACUGUAGGACACUUGAUAAUCGCUGAUUGUGAAAAGUUGGAAACGGUAACAUUUAAAUCAUUAAGCGAGGUGUACUCUAGAAUGCGCUCCAUCGAAUGCCGUGGCAACCAUAAGCUAGUUGAGUUUGAGUCAGUGUACAAGAUGGAGCCUAUUGAAAGAGUUGAUAUAGAAAUGAUCUACAUUUUGGGUUUGAGCAACUUGAAAUAUUCAACAAAAUCCAUUAUGAAGUACAAGAUACCCGCGCGGUUCCACAGAUGGAUAGAAAAGCGUCUUCCCAUCCAGGGACUGCAUGAAUUUGGAAUAUUCAGCACAUUUCUUCCUGGGAAUUAUGAGGUUCCUCAAUAUGACUCAUUUAGCCAUAAAAGUAAAGGGCCCUCAAUAUCUUUUACUGUGCCUGUACUUCCCUAUUGCCGGAUCCGAGGCUUGAACAUCUUCUCUGUCUAUGAAAAAUCCAAAAGCCAUGAAUCUCCUAACAUCAGAGUAAAAAAUAUGAAAGGUUUAUGUUAUACAAUAAUGACAGAAGUUAGAAAUAAGAGUAAAGGUCUGCAGUGGAUCUACGGGCCAGCAUUAUUCGGAAUGCCAAGUGAUGAUCAAGAUGUGAUAUGGUUAAGCCAUUGGAAAUUUGGGAAUAAAUUGGAAGGUGGUGAUGAGCUGACUGUUUCAGUAUUAACAUCAUCAUAUAUGAUAUAUGAUGAGUUUCAGGUAAAGGAGUUUGGUGUCCAGGUUGUGUACUACGAGCAAGUGACAGUCACCGCCCAAGAAAAUUUCACCACAGAUAAUCCUUUUUAUCCACGUGUCAUUGCCGGAGAUUUGUCACAUUAUCUGCUGCCAGGAUCAUCAGGAGCAUACCUUCUCUGCCAUAAUCCAGUAUUAGAAAGAAGGGAUGUGCUUAGUUAUGUUUGGUUCAAGCACAACAGUAAUGAAAUAACAGGCCAUGGAUCUUUGGGACUUAAAAUUCACCUGAUAGAGCAAGAAGAAGAUCGGGAAAGUGAAUGCACGCUUGUAGAACAUGAGGAGAGCAGCAGUAGCAAUAGCAAUAGUAUCGAUAGCAAUGGUGCAGACAGAGGUUGGAAAGUGGUACUGAGUAUAAUGACGAUGGCCACUUUCUUCUUGAGAUGCUUUCAGUUGCACAAAUGUUUGUCACUGGAAGAUGGUAACAAUGGCGCAUGAGGUAACUUAGAGCCUCGAUAAUGUGUCAGUAUAUUGUAUUUUGUGAAUGGUAUAUUCAUCAUAAAACAAUCAGGUACAAGAGAACAAUAUAUAUGUGCUAGAGGGAAGAAAACAAGACUACCUAUCCCUCCUUGAUUUA